ACGUGAAUGCAGCAGGAGCAUCAUCGUUUGGGUUUGUUGACCGCCGUAGUUCGGAAACAUAUUUGGGGAAAAGUAGUUUUCUUUUUGUGUUAGAAUCACAAAAUUCACUCUUGUUGAUCAUUAUAAAUAAUUUUAAAAAACUGCUUUAGAUGGACCUGUGAAUUACAAAUCAAGGAUGACGUCUAAAAUUAAAGUCGGAAAAGUUGGCUCCAAGAGCAAAGAAGAUGCUCCCUAUGAGUUGGAAAGCCAAUUCAUCCUGAGGCUUCCUUCGGAGUAUGCAUCCACAGUAAGAAGAGCUGCCCAAUCCAGCAGCAUGAACAUGAAAGACAAACUGACCAUUGAGUUGCACCCCGAUGGUCGUCACGGAAUAGUCCGGGUCGACCGUGUUCCUUUGGCCUGCAAACUGGUGGACUUGCCUUGUAUGAUUGAGUCCCUGAAAACAGUCGACAAGAAAACAUUUUACAAAACGGCUGAUGUCUGCCAGAUGCUGGUCUGUACACUAGAUGGAGAUCUUUACCCUCCUUUAGARGAGCCAACUGGCACCGACCCAAAGAACAAGAAAAAAGAUAAAGACAAGGACAAGAAAUUUGUUUGGAAUCAUGGCAUCACCUGCCCGCUGAAGAACACACGCAAACGGAGAUUUCGGAAGACUGCGAAAAAGAAGUACAUCGAAUCUCCUGACGUGGAAAAGGAAGUGAAGAGGCUACUGAGCACAGAUGCUGAGGCUGUCAGCGUUCGAUGGGAAGUUAUCGCAGAGGAUGAAUCCAAAGAAGCAGAUCAACACGGCUCUCUGGGCAAUUUGGACUCUUCACCUGGUACUUCAGGACUUAAGAUGGGGCACGACUCAUCAGGCCCACGCGAUGAGCUGCGGGAGAUCUUCAACGACAUCAGCAGCUCAAGCGAGGACGAGGAGGACGAAGGGGACCGGCAUGAAGACGAGGACCUGAACAUCAUGGACACGGAGGACGAUCUGGUGCGACAGCUCCAAGACAAGCUCAACGAGUCGGAUUCUGCUCAGCAUGAAAGUGACAGAAACAACCAGAUAGUUAUGGAGUAUCAGGUGCAGAUUAACAACGUUAAGGCCAAGCUCCAGGAAACCCGUGCUCGGAAGAAACAACAAGAGCAGCUCAUCAUGAAAGUGGAAAACCAGGCUCUGAAAAACCGCUUCCAAGCCUUGUUGAACGAGAUCAUUCAGCAGGAGGAGAGAGAGAUGGAGCAGCUGGCUUCCCUGCAGGAGCAGCUGGACUCGCUGAUAGAGAAGUGACCAGCAGGGGGCAGUCUUAUGUCAUCCUCAGCCAUACAUCACCCACAAAGACGAGGAAGAGGAGGAGAAUAGCCUGUUUGGAAAUUGAAGGCCUUUAUUAGCUGGCUUUUGUCAUUUUUUUCAUAAUGUCUGCAGCCUUCUAGGUUUUGAAGUAAAAAGUUAAUAUUUUUUGUUAACUUACUGCAUGAUUGAAGUAAAAAGUUGGCCUCCAGGGAGGAUGCUGGUUUUGGCUGUCAUCCUAAAACAAAAACUAAAUCUUAGCCAGCUUUUAUUUCAAUCAACCCUUUGUGUUUUUUUUUUUUUUUUACAAAAAAAAGACACUCAAAAAAGACACAAAAGCUGGAUUUUAUUGUUUUAUUCACAGUGGCACACAUCACCACACACGAACGUUUCUUUGUUUCUGAUUGUGCUUUUGUUACUUUGUCAAAAUAUAUUUAGUGUCCUGAUUACCAACCUAAACCACGCAAGUUCAGUUUGUUUUAUCCUAAAAAAAAAUCAUCAAAAUCAAAUAAAACCUAAAAAAACUGA